AUGCUGGACGUUGGAACGCCAGCCGAGCCGUGGAUCCAUCGCCGGCUGGGGCUGAGCGUGUUUAAUGACACGGCCCCUGGAGACGCCCUCAUCUUCACCCCCAAUACCUCGUGUGAGGCGGCCUACAUGCUUCCCCUGUGCGUCGAUGCCACAGCUACGCCAUGCAACGGCGGCUUGCUCAGCGAGCAGCUCACGAUUGAUAUGCAGCUCACGAUCCCACCGUUUGAGUAUCAUCUGUGCUGGCUGCGUGGCCCGCUGAGUGAUGACCAGAGCGAAUGGUCGACCACGCUGGCUCGACUGGUACCGGUGCUGGCGAGAGUCGUCACCGCCCUGAACUUCUUCCCCGAGGCGGAGGCGGGGUGCGAGGCUGUUCCGAUCUCGUACGCGGAGAUCUCGUGCCCGUGCGUCGCCAACGUCUCCGGCUGCACGUCGCCCCUCGCCGUGAAUUACAACUCGAACGCAACGGUGGAUGACGGGACGUGCAUCUUCCCCGACGGGUGCACCAACUCGACAGCCCUGAACUACAGCCCGAACGCGACGAACGACGACGGCUCGUGCAUUCCAAACAUCCGCGGCUGCACCGCGUCCUCCGCCGCCAACUACAACUCCCAGGCGACCGUCAACGACGGCUCGUGCGAGUUCCCCGUCUUUGGCUGCACGAAUACAAGCGAGAUGUAG